AUCUUUCCGCAUCUAUAAAUAAGGGGUCACUUCUUUAUAGGGUCGAACUACUCAAAUUCUUUACAUGCAAAGCAUAUUCAUUCGAAUAUAGUUAUCGAAUAUGAAGCAAAAAAUAGUGAUCAAAGUGCAAAUGCAUUGCGAGAAAUGUAGGACCAAAGCCAAGAAGAUUGCUGCCACGGCAUGUGGUGUAACUUCGGUGGCGCUGGAGGCAGCCAAAGAUCAGAUAGUGGUGAUCGGAGAGGAAGUUGAUUCGGUUAAGCUGGCAAAGUCACUAAGGAAAAAGGUUGGCCAUGCCGUUUUGAUGAGCGUGCAAGAAGAGAAAGAGAAAGAUAAAGGUAAAGAUGAGAAGAAAGGAGAUGAU